AUGCAUCACUGUCUUUCGAGACAAAAUUUAAAAAAGAAAAAAACUAAUUUCGAUUGCGAUUGUAUUUUAUUCGUACCAAAUAAUAUAUCGUCGGAAAAUUGUUAUUUAAAGGAAGAUUACUUUUGCGGUCGUUUGGCUUGUUCGUUUUGCAAUUUCAAUAAGUUUUUGAAAGUGUUAAGUAAAGCAACAUAUUCAUUAGAUAUUUGUGUCUACCUGAUAACCUGUAAAAAAAUUUGUGACAUAAUUAAAAAAUUAUUCGAUGAGGGUGUAGCUGUAAGAAUUAUAACAGAUAAACAAAUGUCAUUCGAAGGUAAAGAAAACAAGUGGAGUUUUUUUUUAAAAGAACACAUACCGAUUAUUUUUAUGGAUGCUUAUGACAUAAUGCACAAUAAGUUUGUUAUAAUAGACAAAAAAAUAUUAAUAACCGGUUCAUUCAAUUGGUCAAAUCAUGCAUUUCAAAGAAAUUGUGAAAAUGGUAUCAUUAUAAGAGAUAAUAAAAUAGUUACACAAUUUUUACAAUACUUUGAUUGUUUAUGGUCGAAUCAUGGGAAGUAA